GCAAGCCAGAUGGAGUCUCCUUCUAUAGGCUGUUUGUGGCACCCACUGGAAAAGGGCAAACAAUGGCAGUAAACAUCUAUUCCAGCCUUUUGCUAUUCUUCUUGACCAAUACUGUGUGGACUCGAAUUGUGAGACAAGCCUAUGAUGUGACAGAUCCUGAGGACUGGCCUUACUUCACCUUCGAAUGUCCAAAAGAAUGCUUCUGCCCUCCCGGUUUCCCUAAUGCUUUAUACUGUGAUAACAAAGGACUUAAAGAAAUACCUGCAAUCCCAGCAAGAAUUUGGUACCUCUAUCUUCAAAACAACUUUAUUGAAACAAUUUCUGAGAAGCCUUUUGUAAAUGCCACUUAUCUGAGAUGGAUAAAUUUAAACAAAAACAAAAUCACCAAUAAGGGGAUUGAAAAUGGUGCACUGAGCAAAUUGAAGAGGUUGCUUUACUUGUUUCUGGAAGAUAAUGAAUUGGAGGAGGUGCCUGCUCCUUUACCAACAAGCCUGGAGCAGCUGAGACUGGCUAGAAACAACAUCUCUCGGAUUCCUGAGGGAGUCUUUAGCAACUUGGAAAACCUCACGCUGCUAGAUCUGCACCACAACAUGCUGUUGGACAGUGCUCUUCAAAGUGACACCUUCCAGGGACUCAACAGUCUCAUGCAACUCAACAUAGCAAAAAAUUCACUCAAGAAAAUGCCAUUAAGCCUUCCAGCGAAUACGAUGCAGCUGUUUUUAGACAACAAUUCUAUUGAAGUGAUACCAGAAAACUAUUUUAAUGCGAUACCCAAAGUGACUUUCCUUAGACUGAACUACAAUAAAUUAUCUGAUGAUGGUAUUCCCCCAAAUGUGUUUAAUGUUUCAUCUAUUUUAGACCUACAGCUGUCACACAACCAGCUCACUAAAAUUCCACCUAUCAGUGCUCAACUUGAGCAUCUUCACCUUGAUCACAACAGGAUCCAAAAUGUCAGUGGCACUCAAAUUUGUCCAGCCUCCAUUAGCAUAGAAGACUAUGUUCCCUACAAUGAUUUCCCACGCCUCCGCUAUCUACGCCUGGAUGGAAAUGACAUUCAGCCUCCAAUUCCACUGGACAUCAUGAUAUGCUUUCGGCUCCUACAGGCCAUUGUUAUUUAA